AUGUCAACUUCUCUCACAGUUGACACGGAGGAUACGCCUGUCUGCAAGACGGCAGCAGGACAUUCAUUGAAGACCUUAGGGUCGGUCUCUCUUAAUCUAUCCGUCCUUGGAGCUAUUUUCGUGGCUAAGUUCUACAUUACGGAAGUACCUCUGAUUCACCCCGUGAUAAUAGGACGUGACAUCAUGGCGCAAGGUGGUUUUACUCUCCGCUUCGAUAACAACAAGGGUCGUAACUCUCGCGUGGCAGCCAUUAUCAGUCAAGAAGAUCAUGACGAUGAAGAUUGGCGACAACUACCAUCUGGUUGGAGGUUACAGGAAAUAGUAUACUCCUCCAACAACUUGUACAUCGUGACAGCUAUCUCUGAUAACAAGGCUAACCAAAAGUCUAGGUUUUACGUUGGUUUCAACCCCCUCAUCAUCAGUCCGGCAUCUCACUCAGAGCAGCUGAGAGCGCAAAGGCCUCACAAGAAGCUCCGUGAAGCCUCGUUAGAGGCAAAGCAGGCUGCGUCGGUUAUCUUCCGCCAAUGGAUAACUGAGGGGCGCGCCUACGGGCCAUCGCAUUGUCCGCGGAUUUUGGAAUUGUGCCUACAGUGGCUGGUACAGCACAACUUCAGACCAAAUGCCAUUUGCGAGAUUCAAUCCUACAUGGAUGAUCUGGUGAUAUUCUCUCAUAAGGAGGAUGUUGACGUUGAACGUCAGCUCCAAGAGCUCUGUGGUAACUAUGAUCUCAACCUCAAGCCUACAAAGAGACAGGUCAUCACGGAAGGCGACACCAAACUACUUGGUGUGAUGUUUAUCGAUGGUGGUCGAUAUCUGACGAUCCCCCCUGAGAAACUCGACAGCUUCAAGUUGAAAGUUCCUAGAGAGGGUUACUCAUAUGCGAACCUAUUGG